AUGAAUCUUGAUGCACAAAGAAUUCGUUUGAUUGAUUUUUCAUUAGAAGAUGAUUUUCUUAUUGAUUCAGAUUUGAAUGGUACAUCAUUCGAUCUUCGAUUAUCAGUGGCAUUUGAGACACAAAAUGAGUUAUUAAGCAGUCCCAAAUCAAGAUUUCAUCCAGAAAUGACAGACAGACAAUCCUUUUUUGCUGAAAAAGUGCCUAAUGCUAUCAAAGAAUGUAAUGCCAGAAAAAGUUUGGCUUGGGAUCGUGAAUUUUUCACAAGUCCAGGGUUCCUUGAACUUGAGGAACUAUCCCGUGUUAAUCGUGGUUUCAAGAAUCUUAAGGCAUGUGCUUCAACUCAUGGGACUGAAGAUAAUGUUAGGAGUAAAAUUUGCGAGGAAAGAAAGUUAAGGCAGAAAACAGGUGCUGUGGUUGGGUGCAGAAAUAAAAUUCUUGUUGGAGUUCUUGACUGGUUUGAUUGA